AUGAGCAAAAAUAAGGUUGCUGCCCGUGGACUGGACAUCCCCAAUGUGAAACACGUCAUCAACUUUGAUCUGCCCAGUGACAUCGAAGAGUACGUCCACCGCAUUGGGCGUACUGGGAGAGUGGGAAACCUGGGUCUUGCCACCUCCUUCUUCCACGAGAAGAACAAGAACAUUGUGCGUGACCUGAUGGAUCUGCUAGUGGAAGCCCACCAAGAAGUCCCCUCCUGGCUGGAGUCCAUGUCCUAUGAGAGCCGCAUGGGAGGAGGACCACGCAGGGGAGGACCCAAGAGAUUUGGUGGUGGCUUUGGGUCCAGGGAUUAUCGCCAGCAGCACCAGCGUGGCAACAAGCACCAGGCCCCCAAUGCCAUGCAGCAACCUGCCUUCAACCCCAUGGCCUAUCAGAUGGCCUAUGGAGGCUAUGGUGGCUCAUACGGUGGCUCCUCCUACAACACUGGAGCAGCGCCAUCUACUGACUGGUGGGGCAGCUGAACAGGGACGAGAGCACAACCACUACAGAUGGGGAUAACAGACGUUUAGACCAGUGUUUUUAUUGCACCACCCCUCCUCCCCCCCUCCCCCUCUUUACUCGAUCCAUAGCUGUUUACAUUUGGAAGUACUGUGCAAUCUUCUCAGUUCCUUCUUCAGCUGGGUCAGUGUCUCAUUUGGGAUGAAAAAAAAGCAUAAAAAAGCUUUUUAAGCUUUAAAGACUUUCGUCUUGUGCAACCGUUCUGCUGGCCAAAGAAGGAAACUAAGAAGGCCAUUAUGAUCACAAGUUGAAAUAUAUAUAGUUGGAGUUUUGACUUUAACCCCUUGCUCUCUUCAACUGGGUGGCAUGACAUUUUAUAUAAGGAAGUUUACCGGUGAUCAUGCUGCCUUUUGUGGCAUAGCUUGGUGCAUACUUUGAUCUCGUAUUCUCAGUACAGGAUGGGGAGCGUACUGGCGCUCUUCUCUGUGUGAAGUCAGAAAUGAUUGUUUGACAUCCUGCGUCACCCCUCCUCUUUCGCUCUCUGUCCCUGACCCUCUCCUGCCUCAUGGACAGAGAUGUCAGUUAUUGAAGGAUCAACAACCCAUUUGUGAUUGGAAUCGCAUUUUCUUCAGCGUGAGAGGAUUCCAAGAUUGGACAAAAAUUUCAUCUGGAAAGAACAAAGUAGAUUUGGAAAACACGUUCUGUUCAGAAGUGUGAAGACAUAGGAAACAAGUGGGUUGUUUCUUUACUCCAGGUCAUUUUAUGUUAUUCUGGAAGUUUUUUUUUUUUUUUUUCUUUCCCCAGCACUGGGCUCCCAGCAUCAUCUUCGUCAUCAUCCUAGUGUUGAUAAUCUAGCGUGCAAAUCACGGGUGCCCUGUGAAAACUGAAGAACAAAGGACUUUUAAGUUAGGGACUUCUGUGGAUUGACAGACAACACGGACAGAAGUGCCAUUUUGGUUGGAAUCAGUGGCGAAAAAAAAAA